AUGCAAGAAAUUUACGAAUCUGGGGAACAAGCUUGGUUAAUUGAAGAUUCUGGCUACCCACUUCAGCCAUUUCUAAUGACAUCUUUUCAAAACCCCCUUGAAAAUAGUCCCGAAUCUAGGUUUAAUCAUGCCCACAUUAGAGCAAGGAAUUGCAUCGAAAGAUGUUUUGGCAUCCUAAAAAUGAGAUUUCACUGCCUUUUGAAGGAGCGUACUUUGAGAUACAAUCCUGAUUUUGUAGCCAGUUUGUUGAAGGCAUGUGCUGUUUUACACAAUAUGUGUGUGGAUGGAAACAUACCCAUCGAUGAAAACGUAGGUGAUCCAGACAAUGAUAAAAGUGACGUCCUGAUUGCAGAACCACUCAAUAACCAAGGACAAUUUGCUGUAGAAGGAAUGAGGGUUAGAGAUAGAAUUGUCCAGCAGUAUUACCAAUAA